ACACUUCAUUAAGAAUACUGAUGGGUCAGAGGAGCUAACAGGUGAGUGGCUGGCAGUGUAUAUUUAAGCAGCACACCUGGACCCAGUGCGCAUGCCCGUGACAGCAACGUUAACCCUGCUUCGCGUCUAGAAGACAUGCAUCCUUCAGCAACCACCAUGGGCAGGUAAUGUCAACACGUUUGCUACCAGACGUGUGGAGGACAGAAGGUCACUAAUACCUUGGUGGAAACCUCCUCCUUUCCUACUUGGGCAGUCCAGAAAGUUUCCAGCAUCAUGGCUGAGGAGGACUAUGGCACCUUUGUGGACUGGAACCUCAUGGGGGACCUGGCCAAGAGCAGUGGGCCCACCAAGGUAGACUGUAAAGAGCUCAAAGAGUUCAAACAGAUGGCCCGCCAAGGCAACUGGGCCAAGAACCACAAACUGCGGGCACAAGUCUAUCAGCAGCUCAUCAAAUCCAUUCCCUGUCGUACAGUUACACCAGAUGCAGAGGUAUACCGUGACAUUGUGGGUGAAGCGGCCACGAAGAAGCCGUCCUCUAACAUCCCGCUGCCAGAGUUUGUGGAUGGGAAUCCUGUGCCCCGGUACUGCCUGAAAGCAGACGCUGUGGCCUCAGCUCAUCGGAUCAUCAACUGCAUCGCGGGGCAGUUUCCAGACAUCUCCCACUGCCCGUCUCUUCCAGCUAUUACUUCACUGCUCCUCCACUUCAGUAAAGAUGAGGCUCAGUGUUUUGAACAUGUCAGCCGCAUGCUGGCUUGCAACGAGCCAGGCAAACGACUUCUAGACCAGACUUUCCUGGCCUACGAGUCCAGCUGCAUGACCUUCGGUGACCUGGCCAACAAGUACUGCACAGCUGCUCACAAACUGAUUGUUGCCACAGCCCAGGAUGUGCUUGAGGUCUACGCCGACUGGCAGCGCUGGGUGCUUGGAGACCUGCCUUUCAGCCAUAUAGUCAGGGUCCUGGAUGUGUAUCUGGUGGAGGGCUACAAGGUUCUGUACCGUGUUGCCAUAGCAUUGCUCAAGUUUUACCGCAAACAUAAAACGGGAAGCCAAGGAGGACAGAACCAGCAGCAACAGGAUUCUGGGAAAAUCCGGGCAGAUAUCCAGGAGUUUGUCAAAGGCAUCGGCUCCACUGUCACACCUGACAAGUUGCUAGAGAAGUCCUUCUCGAUCCGCCUAAUUAACCGCAAGGAGAUCACUCUGCUGCAGCUCACAAACGAAAAGUCCCUGCAGCAGAAAGGGAUCACUGUCAAACAGAAGAGGCGUAAUGUGCAGCUGGCUCUCAAUCCUGACACGUUCUCCUCAGAGAUUGUCAGCGCGAAGGAGAUGCGUGACAUCUGGUCGUGGAUCCCUGAGCGCUUCGCCCUGUGCCAACCUGAGCUCCUCUUCACCACGUCCACCCAUGGUUGCAGCCUCAAUAGAUUCUACUCUCAUUGUGAGGGCCAUGAACCCACCUUGCUCCUGAUCCGGACCACAGAUGGAGAUGUGUGUGGAGCCUUCCUGUCAUCAGACUGGGAGGAGAGAAAACGUGGCGGCAACAAGUUGAGUUACUUUGGCACCGGGGAGUGUUUUGUCUUCCGGCUGAAGCCUGAAAUGGAGCGCUAUGAGUGGGUGGUGAUCCGCCACCCUGAGUUAGCUUCUGCCAUCAGACCCGAAGGUCAGGAGGAUUCUGCCUCCUCUGAAGGCCAGAAUGCAGAUGAACGCCUACAGCAGCCUGGCAAACCUCCUGGAGAUCUGUCACCAUUUCUCGCCGCUCGCCACUUCAACCUCAACUCCAAAAACACUUCCAUGUUCAUGGCUGGAAACUUUGACUCCAUCAUAGUGGGGGGUGGCGGUGACAGCAAUGCUCUGUACAUCGACGCCGAGCUGAACCACGGGCAUACUGGCAGGUGCACCACCUUCGACAACCCACCCCUGUGUAAGGAGAGCUUCCAGAUCUCCCUGCUGGAGGCCUGGGGCUUCCAGGACACCAUGGCCCAAUGAUGCAGAUAGAAACCUGGAGUCAUUAUCGCACUGUAAAAGUUAAAUGCAUUACAGCUCCAUUAAGUCUUAGAUGUUCAUGUAUGUCUUCAAAACGCAGAUAUGCAAACAGAGCAGCAAAUUCCGUCUUAAUUUACCAUGUUUAUUUAUUAAUGCAGUUUGUUUAAAUUUCAAAUAUAAAGAGUCUAUAUUUUUGUUCUUUUUUUUUUUUUUUUUUUGUAAAUACAGAUUAUUAUUUUGAAACUGUAAUGAGGUUAGCAGUGUUGAGGUUCCUGCUGAACUAAUUUCUACAUUUCUUCUUCUGUGUUUAUUUCAACCUGCCAAGCAUGAGUGAGCCAGCUCAGAUGUUCUGUAAAGAUAAUAAAACUGUUGAUAAAAUGGGUGUUUCCAACUACAUCUGUGAGGUGAAGUCUUCAUUGUGUGAUGAACGUUAAAUAUGAUGGUGCUGCCGUCAAGUUCAGUUUGGUCUAGCACCUUUUGUUCCGCAUGCAGUAAGUAAAAUAUGUCCGGAGAAGAUUAUAAAUUGAGCAGCAAAUGUUUGACUUGUUGCUAUUUUGCACCUUAUGUUAAAACCUUUUUUUUCCUGUUUGUGAAUAUUUUGUUUUCAUAACUUCACAAAAAUCCUCUUUUUUUUGUGAGACAUAACUUCAGUGCUGUCGUCAUUUUAUAGCAUUCAAUGCUUACUUGGCAUUUCUUUUCCAGAAAUGGAAAACGGUGUAAAAUGUUAGUGAGGAAGUGUUGAUGUCUUACUUGUGGUUGUAUGGAUGUUUCUUGGUGAAUUGUGAUUAGAACAAAGAUAGCAGCUGUGUUCUUCAUGUGAAAAUACAGUAUUACCUGAAAUAUUGA